AGGAACCAGGCGCGCGGCAUGGUUCUGCAACGGUAUCCACGUCACCGAUCAUCUACACCCAAACCCUAACAAACCCACCGCAGGGAACAUUUCCAUUUCAACCCUAACCCAAUGGAGAACCGAGCCCAGGUUCGGUGCCCGGAGAAUCAAGAGCUGGCGACGUACAUGUGGAACAAGUGGAAGGAAAUGGCAGAGCAACCCAAAGGGAUUUCGGAAAACUUCGACAUGACCCUCUCUAAGGCCCACUUCAAUGUCUGUAACUCCAAAAACCCCAUUCAAACCAUCAAAGAUUUCUCUCAAGUCAAGGGUGUGGGGAAAAUGAUAUUGAGGCUCAUGCAGGGGUUUUUUGGGACUGGUUCUGGAGGUUCUGAAGCAGAAGACUUGACUAAAAAGGGUAAGAAAACUAAAGGAACCAAGCGCUAUGUUCCUCAGAGGAACUCUGUGGCCUAUGCAUUGUUGUUAACCCUCUACAGGGGAACUUCAAACGGGAAUGAAUUUAUGCGUAAACAGGAACUUAUAGAUGCUGCUGAAGCUAGUGGGCUAUCUCGAGUGCCAAUUGCGCCGGAAAAAGGGCAAGGAAAACCUGCACAUUUUGGAAGUUCUCCACGGGAUUGGUAUAGUGGAUGGAGUUGCAUGAAGACCUUGAUAGCAAAGGGAUUAGUUGUAAAAUCAAGUUGCCCAGCAAAGUACAUGCUAACUCAAGAAGGUAAGGAAGCAGCAUAUGACUGUCUUGCAAGAUCUGGGAUGGCAGAAUCUUUAGAGAAGUCGGCUUCUGUUGAAGUUCCUUCUUAUAUAGAUAAGCCAAACUCAUUGGAUGUGGAAUUGGAAUCGGAGGUGAUCUCUCCAUUGACCCAACAAAAGAAGCCAAUGGAUGUUCCUCUUGAUUGCCUUCAGAGGUUUACACAAAUGGGUUACUCCAAGGAACACAUUGUUAGUGCUUUUACAGAAGUUUCCAGAAGCCAACCAAAUAAAGAUGUCUCAUCUUUGUGGCCAGCUGUUUUAUGUCAUCUUCGAGAGGAUCAAGUCUAUGGUUCACAGCCAGAAUCUCGAAGUGUUUUAAAUAAUUGUCACAUGAUUAAUGCAAAUACUGUCAUAAAUGGGCCUAGCAAACUUAUUGGAAAAGAGAGCAGAACUGUGAGUUCAUCUUCUGGUGGACAUGUUCCAAACUUCUGUUCUUCCGAUAUUCCUCCUUUUCCAUUGAGAGCCUGCUCGUCAGCUGACCAUCCCAUGCAAAAGCCUAACAAGGAUGAGCUUGAAUCAAAGAUGAACAUUUUAAAUGUGCCACCAUUGAGCUUGGGGGAGAAGUUUGAGGAUGCUUAUGACAUAAUUUUAAUAUUGGAUGAUCGGGAGCAAUUUGCCAUGCAGGGAUCACGAUCCAGGAAAUUUAUUGAGAGUAUCUGUAGCCAAUUCAAAAUCCAAAUAGAGGUUAGGCGAUUGCCAGUUGGAGAUGGGAUUUGGAUAGCACGCCAUAAAACACUUGACAGUGAAUAUGUGUUGGAUUUUAUUGUUGAGAGGAAAAAAAUUGAUGAUCUACGCAGUUCAAUCAGGGAUAACCGCUACAAGGAUCAGAAAUUAAGACUUUUGAGGUGUGGGCUGAAGAAGCUGAUAUAUCUUGUGGAAGGUGACCCAAAUUCUUCUGAAGCUGCUGAAAGCAUAAAAACUGCCUGUUUUACGACAGAGAUUCUGGAGGGAUUUGAUGUACAGAGAACAAGUGGCUUAGGUGAUACGCUAAGGAAGUAUGGUUAUCUUACCCUAGCAAUUUCUCAAUACUACAAAUCAGAAAUAUUUGAAGACAAAGUUAAAUGCUUGGGGAUAUGUCCUCCUUUUGAUGAAUUUAUUAGAAGGUGUCAAGACCUUGAAAAAAUGACAGUUAGCGAUGUGUUUGCUGUCCAGCUUAUGCAGGUCCCACAGGUUACAGAGGAGAUUGCAAUGACUGUGUUGGAUUUGUACCCUACACUACUCUCUCUUGCCCGUGCUUAUUCCCUACUUGAUGGGGAUUCUCAUACCCAGGAGGAGAUGCUUCGAAGACAGAGUAACGAUAUGAUCAAUGCAGCUGCCAGUAGGAACAUUUACCUGUUCGUUUGGGGCAGCUGACUUGCAUUUCCCGCUUAAAAGUUGCGUUUAUGGAUGUGAAUCCCUUAAGCAAAGGUGAAUACCUUUUUCUUGUACUUCCGUAAUUUCUCAUUUUUGUAUGAGUAUGUAAAAUUAUUGACAUUAUAACUUAGUUUUAAUUUGGCAGCAAUUUGUAUAUUUUGUAAAGGAAAAGCUUGUCAUAUGUCUAUUUUUUCUCCCUCUGAUUUCGUUUCCCGACUGAUCUAGCGUGCAAACGCACAACUUGAGUGGGCAAUAAAUUCAAAUACAAGCAUUUAGUGAGCUUCUAUUUUUAUAGCAAAUUGCAAUGCAAUGGGAUUUAAGA